AUGACACCACAAGCCACCGAAUUAUCUGGCCCAACUUUGUUAGAAAGCACAUCCACUUUCCAAAGAACUAAAGUCACCACCCCGCGUCCAUUGUCGGAAAGUACAACCACUUCACCUUUAAUGGAAUUUACUACCAAUCUCAAAUCUUCUGAGCUGACUGUCAGCCCAACUUUAUUUGAGUCAACAUCCCUUUCCCAAAUGACUACAACUACCACUUCAUCCCCAGGACAUGAAUCCACCAUCUCCCCUCUUUUGUCUGAAUCUACAACCAAUCCACAAGCAACAGAAUCCGUUACCAUGUCUCAGGUAACCAACUUAGUUCUGACAGCUACGUCUAAAGCCAAUAUCAUCACACAGAAAUAUGAACCGCCCACUACCUCUUCAUUCUCUAAAACUGCAACUGCUCCCCAAGAAACAGAAUUUGCCACCAGUCUCAAAUCAACUGAAAUGACCAUCACCCCAAUUUUGUCUGAAUCCACAAACACUCUACAAAAAACUGAAUUCCAAAGCAGCUUCACCUUGUCUGAUUCCAGCACAACCCCAUAUUUUUCUGAAUCUACAACUCUGUCCAAGGGUACUGAAUCCUCCUCCACUCACCUAUCAACCAACGUAACCACCACCCCUACUUUGAUCGAAACUACAUCAACUCCCCAAGAAACUGAAUCCACAACCAAUCCUCUGUCCACAACCAGUGCCACAUUCCAGGCAAUACAAUAUACUACCAACACUCAAGACACUCAAGUAAUCACCACCAAUCCUUUAUCUAAAUCUCAAAAUACUGUCCAAGUAACUCAAUCAACCUCAAUUCCCCAUGCAACCGACUCCUCCAUCAUGGCACCAUCUUCUGAGUCAGUCACCCCACUGCCACCUGAAUCCAUCACCACACUGUCUGCGUCACAGUUCACCACAACCUCACCUGAGUCUGAAUCCUCCAUCCCAACUUUAUCGGAAUCUACUUCCAAUACCCAAGGAAUUGAUUUCCCCAUUGCCACCGCUCCUUUGUCUACAUCCAUAUCCACUCUUGUAACAAAUGAAUCCAACACCACUUUCACAUCGUCCACAUCAAAAGCUAACCAGCAAACAUUCGAAAAUACAAUCUUCCCGUCCACAUCACGGUCCAUUGCCAACUCACCUCUUACUGAAUCCAUCACCCCACCUUUGUCUCAAACCACAUCCACUUCCCAGCUAAGUGAAUCCACCACCUCCUCUACAUUUUCGAUAUUCACAAACAUUCCUCAAACAACUGAAUUCACUACCACCUCGCUUUUCAUUGAGCACACAUCCUCCUCCUCCACAUCUGAAUCCACCAUCACCCCAUUGUUUCCUCUCUCCACAACCUCUCCCGAAGCAACAGAAUCUACCAUCAAUAACCCAUUAAUCGAAUUAACGAGAACUCCAUCGCUUUUUGAAUCCACAUCCAUAUCCCAGGGAAAUGACACCAACACAAACACCCUGAUGCUGAACAACUCCAGCAACACAUCCCAAUCAACUGAAUCCACCAUGACACCACAAGCCACCGAAUUAUCUGGCCCAACUUUGUUAGAAACCACAUCCACUUUCCAAAGAACUAAAUUCACCACCCCGCGUCCAUUGUCGGAAAGUACAACCACUUCACCUUUAAUGGAAUUUACUACCAAUCUCAAAUCUUCUGAGCUGACUGUCAGCCCAACUUUAUUUGAGUCAACAUCCCUUUCCCAAAUGACUACAACUACCACUUCAUCCCCAGGACAUGAAUCCACCAUCUCCCCUCUUUUCUCUGAAUCUACAACCAAUCCACAAGCAACAGAAUCCGUUACCAUGUCUCAGGUAACCAACAUAGUUCUGACAGCUACGUCUAAAGCCAAUAUCAUCACACAGAAAUAUGAACCGCCCACUACCUCUUCAUUCUCUAAAACUGCAACUGCUCCCCAAGAAACAGAAUUUGCCACCAGUCUCAAAUCAACUGAAAUGACCAUCACCCCAAUUUUGUCUGAAUCCACAAACACUCUACAAAAAACCGAAUUCCAAAGCAGCUUCACCUUGUCUGAUUCCAGCACAACCCCAUAUUUUUCUGAAUCUACAACUCUGUCCAAGGGUACUGAAUCCUCCUCCACUCACCUAUCAACCAACGUAACCACCACCCCUACUUUGAUCGAAACUACAUCAACUCCCCAAGAAACUGAAUUCACAACCAACCCUCUGUCCACAACCAGUGCCACAUUCCAUGCAAUACAAUAUACUACCAACACUCAAGACACUCAAGUAAUCACCACCAAUCCUUUAUCUAAAUCUCAAAAUACUGUCCAAGUAACUCAAUCAACCUCAAUUCCCCAUUCAACCGAAUCCUCCAUCAUGGCACCAUCUUCUGAGUCAGUCACCCCACUGCCACCUGAAUCCAUCACCACACUGUCUGCGUCACAGUUCACCACAACCUCACCUGAGUCUGAAUCCUCCAUCCCAACUUUAUCGGAAUCUACUUCCAAUACCCAAGGAAUUGAUUUCCCCAUUGCCACCGCUCCUUUGUCUACAUCCAUAUCCACUCCUGUAACAAAUGAAUCCAACACCACUUUCACAUCGUCCACAUCAAAAGCUAACCAGCAAACAUUCGAAAAUACAAUCUUCCCGUCCACAUCACGGUCCUUUGCCAACUCACCUCUUACUGAAUCCAUCACCCCACCUUUGUCUCAAACCACAUCCACUUCCCAGCUAAGUGAAUCCACCACCUCCUCUACACUUUCGAUAUUCACAAACAUUCCUCAAACAACUGAAUUCACUACCACCUUGCUUUUGUUUGAGCCCACAUCCUCCUUCCCCACAUCUGAAUCCACCAUCACCUCUUUGUUUUCUCACUCUAGAAUCUCUCCCAAAACAACAGAAUCUACUACUACUUCACUACAAAUCGAAUUGACGCCAACUCCAUUAUUGUCUGAAGGUACGUCCAUUUCUCAAGGAAGUGCAUCUCCCACUGCCACUGCUCCUUUGUCUACAUCCAUAUCAUUUGAAAGAACAAUCAUCUCUUCCACAUUACAGUCCAUUACCACCUCACCUGUGUAUACAUCUUUUUCCAUCACCCUACCUUUUUCAGAAUCCAUAUUCACUACUCAAGUAAGUGAAUCCACCACCACCUCUUCACUGUCAACAUCCAUAACCACACCUCAUCCAACUGAAUCUACUACAUCCUCUCUUUCGUUUGAUCCCAUGUCCAUCUUCGCUGCAUCUGUGUUGUUUCAAUCCACAACUUCUCUCCAAACAACACAGUCCAAUACCAUUUCCCCACUAAUUGAGUUGACCAACACCCCAACUUUCUUUGAAUCCACCUCCAUUUCCCAUGGAACUGAUUCCACAUCAACUACCCCUUUUUUGUACAGGUCCACCAUUUCUCCCAAAGUAACUGAGUCCACUACCAUUCUCCAGCCCACUGAGGUAACUGGUCCUACUUUGUUUGAAUCCAUAUCCACUUCUCAAAGAGUUAAAUCCACUACUACACCUCCAUUUUCUGAAAGUACAUCUGCUCAACAAGCAACAGUGCUUACCACCAAUCUCAAUAUUCCUUUGACCAUCACUAUUCCUUUUUCUAAAUCUAUAAAUUCUCUCCAAGUAACUGAAUCCAUUACAACUCCCCAAGCAACUAAAUCCUCAUUCACAGCACCUUCAUCUGAGUCCACAGCCCCACAUGCAUCUGAAUAUACAACAACCAUCCUUCCUUUUUCAGAAUAUUCUAGCCCUCUUUUUUCUGAAUCAAUUACCACCCUUCCCUUGUCUGAUGAUAUUAUUACCUUUCCAUUGUCUCAAUUCACAAACAUUCUGCAAACACCAGAUAUUUCCACCGAUUCCCAUUCAUCCGAAUUUACCAUCAACCCAACACUAACCCAAUCCAUUUCCACUACCCAAGGAACUGAAUCCUCCACCGUGCUCUUGUCUGAAUUCACCACCACCACCCCUUUCUUUGCUGACUCUACAACCACUCUUCAGACAACACAAUCCUUCAGCUCCUCCCAAGCCACCAACUUAACCCCCACCCCUACUUUGUUCAAAGCCAUUUCUGCUCCCCAAACACCUAAACCCACAACCUCUCUUACUUUGUCCAAAUCCAGCUCCACACCCCAGGGACCUGAAUAUGCUACCAGUAACCAGUCAACUGAAUUGACCACCACUGCUUCUUUGUCUAAAUCUCCAACCACUCUCCAAGCAACUGGAUUCACAUUUCCCAAUGCAACUGAAUCACCCAUCAUGUCACCUUUAUCUGAGUCCACCCCCACACCUGUAUCUGAAUCCACCACCAGCCCUCCUUUAUUUGAAGCAACCAUCACCCAUGUUUCUGAAUUCAGCACCCCUUCAUUGUCGCAAUCCACAACCUCUCCCCAAACAACAGAUUCUUCCACCACUCACUCAUCAAUUGAAUUGACCAUCAAUCCAACUUUGUCUGAAUCCACAUCUACUCUCCUUUCAUUGAAAACCACUUUUGCUUCCCAAGCAAAUGAAGCCACCACCUCCCUACCUUCCUCUGACUCCUCCGCCCUUCCUUUAUCUAAAUACACUACCACACCUCCUUUGUCUGAAUCUACAACCUCUUCCCAAUCAAAAGAAUCCUUCAUCACCUUUCCUUCAAACUACCACAAUUCCCCAGUCAACUGA